UUUUAAGAAGAGUAUUCACAAUGGAAUGAAAUGCACCAAGUAGACCAGAACCAGAUCACUCAGUAUAAAUAGACAGAUGGCUUGUGGCAAAAAUACAUCACACACACAGACAACUCAGCUUUUAAGCUAAUUGAGAAAACAGAAGCCAUGGAAGUCAUCAGCAAUGGGGUCCGAUCGAUCGGCAACCAUUCCGAUCAAGAGAUGGAGAAUCGCAACCCCAAAGUAAGAGCAGUGAAUCUGGGAGGCUGGCUGGUCACAGAAGGAUGGAUCAAGCCUUCCCUCUUUGAUGCAAUCCCCAACAAGGACUUCUUGGAUGGGACUAGACUUCAGUUCAAAUCAAUUACAGUCGGGAAGUUUCUCUGCGCGGAGUCCGGCGGAGGAAGCCGGGUAGUCGCCAACAGCACGGGGACCAGCGAAGUUGCCAAACCCCCAGCAGGUUCCAGUUCCAGGUGGGAGACAUUCAGGCUGUGGAGAAUCGACGAGACGCUCUUCAACUUCAGGGUUGCCAACAAGCAAUUCGUAGGCCUGAACUCUGGUGGGGACGGGGUCGAUCUAGUGGCUACUUGUCAUUCACCAGGAGCACCCGAAACCUUUGAGAUUGUGAGAAACCCAGACGAUGUAAGCCGCGUUAGAAUCAAAGCUUCCAAUGGCCUCUUCUUACAGGUGAGGACAGAGAAACGAGUGACAGCUGAUUAUCAAUGCAAUGAAAGUAAUGCGUGGAGAGACAAAGACCCAUCUGUGUUUGUCAUGAGUUUCACUAAAAGAUUGGAAGGCGAGUUUCAAGUCACCAAUGGUCUUGGACCACAUAAAGCCCCCAAAGUCAUGAGGGAACAUUGGAGUACAUUCAUAGUGGAAGAUGAUUUCAAGUUCGUCGCCGAGAACGGGUUGGACGCCGUGAGAAUUCCGGUGGGUUGGUGGAUAGCGAGCGACCCGAAUCCUCCGCCUCCUUAUGUUGGUGGUUCCUUGGCCUUUCUGGACAGUGCCUUUUCUUGGGCAGAGAAGUAUGGGUUGAAGGUCAUAAUUGACCUGCACGCAGCACCUGGUUCCCAAAAUGGCUGGGAGCACAGCUCAUCGAGGGAUGGGUUCCGAGAAUGGGGAGACACAGAUGACACCAUCCAACAAACCCUCCAUGUCAUAGAAUUCCUAACUUCGCGAUACACGAAGAGCCCGAGCCUUUAUGCCGUCGACCUCUUGAACGAGCCGCUUGCGGAGAUACUCCCUCUGGAGACCGUCACUAAGUAUUACAGGGCCGGGCACAAUGCCGUCCGCAAGCACUCCCCCACGGCUUAUGUGAUCAUGUCACGCGUGCUCGGAGCCUCUGGCCCCGAACUGCUGCUCCCUGUAGCAAGCGGCCUGGACAGGACGGUUGUGGACACACAUAACUACGUUCUAUUCCGAACUAAAUUUGACACCAUCCAAGAUAACCUCGAUUUCAUAUACAAGGAUAAACGUGCCCAAUUGGACCGUCUCGCUACACCGGAUGGACCUCUUACUUUCGUGGGUGAAUGGGCAGUGGAGUGGACAGUGAAUGGAGCAACAAAAGAGGAGUACCAAAAGUUUGCGGAGGCUCAACAGGAAGUGUUUGGAAGAGCCACAUUUGGUUGGGCCUAUUGGACUCUCAAGUGCGCCAAACACCAUUGGAGCUUGGAAUGGAUGAUCAAGAAUGGUUACAUUAAGCUUUAGACAUUUCCUUCAGAAUUUCGUAUAUAUAUGUCUAUGCACUUUUACUAAAUAGUAAGUUGCAAGCUCCUAUUAUCAAGUAAACUUUUUGUCAUCUUCGAAUAAAAAAUCGUCUAGGGAAGCUUUUGAACACAUGCGACACACCUAAUAGAGUUGUAACUUCCAUGAACGUUUUUAGUUGAGUAAUUCUAGUCAUGAAAUAGAAUUACUGAUUUCUUUACGAACCAA